AUGGCGUCUUCUACUUUACCAAAGUUUCUUCUUUUAGGGUUUUUCAUCAUUUUUCUGAGCUGUAGUAGUUUAAGUGUUGGAGCACAAGCAGAGGAGGCGAGCUUGCAGAUGAUGACAGAAGCUUUGGAAUGGCCAUCAAUGGAGUCAAUGUACGAUGAGUUCGGUGAUGAGGGUGAAGAUGGUGGUGUUGGAAGGAGAUCUCUGUUCUGGAGAGCAAUGCGAUACUACAUUUCCUACGGUGCUCUCUCUGCUAACAGGAUUCCAUGCCCACCUCGCUCUGGAAGGUCUUACUACACUCACAACUGCUACAAAGCUAGAGGACCUGUUCACCCCUACACUCGUGGUUGCUCUAGAAUCACUCGUUGCAGGAUAUAA